AAGUUUUGCCCCACCGCUCGACCCCUCGCGUCCUCUGCGUGGUGUGUUUUUUUUUUACCCCCUCGUGUUGUUGAAGCCGUGGCGUCGACUCGCGCGGCAUGACUCCGUAUGGCCGGAGCCUGCUGCAAGUGUCCCGCCUCGCUGUCCGUGCUCCGGCGCUCCCUCUCGGCCGCACCGCGGGGCGGCGGGUCCGCUCCUCGGUCCCUCCUACCGGGCUGGAGGGCGGGUGAGCGGGGCCUGCAGGAGGCCCGCCGACCCUCCAGCGCCUUCCGACCCGCGGGCCUCUACCGACACACGAGCUUCCUCCGUGUCUCCUACCAGGAGUCCAUGAGCGAGAGUCUGCGGACCUGCUACCUGUACCUGAACCAGACCAGCAGGAGCUUCGCAGCUGUGAUCCAGGCGCUGGACGGGGAGCUGAGACAUGCCGUGUGCAUCUUCUACCUGGUGCUGCGAGCGCUGGACACGGUGGAGGACGACAUGACGAUCCCACUGGACAAGAAGGUGCCCAUGCUGAAUGACUUCCACACCUACCUGUACCAGGACGCGUGGUGCUUCACCGAGAGCCAGGAGAAAGACCGGCAGGUCCUGGCCGAUUUCCCCACGAUAUCACUGGAAUUCAGAAACCUCGCUCAGGAGUACAGAGACGUCAUCUCAGAUAUCUGCCACCGUAUGGGGGAAGGGAUGGCCGAGUUCCUGGAGAAGAAAGUGGGAUCCAUGAAGGAGUGGGACUUGUAUUGCCAUUACGUGGCGGGGCUGGUGGGCAUCGGCCUGUCUCGGCUCUUCUCUGCGUCCCAGCUGGAGGACCCCGAGGUGGGCCGCGACACCGAGCUGGCCAACUCCAUGGGCCUGUUCCUCCAGAAGACCAACAUCAUCCGGGACUAUCUGGAGGACACGCAAGUGGGACGUGCCUUUUGGCCACAAGAGGCCUGGAGUCAGUUCGCGGGCCGUCUGGAGGACUUUGCCCAUCCGGAGAAGCUGGAGUCGGCUCGCUCCUGUCUCAACCUGCUGGUCACCGACGCUCUGAGGCACGUUCCGGACGUCAUCGCCUACCUGUCCCGCCUGCGCAACCAGAGCGUCUUCAAUUUCUGUGCCAUUCCGCAGGUGAUGGCGAUAGCUACUCUGUCGUCAUGCUACAACAACCCCAUGGUGUUCAAGGGAGUGGUGAAGAUCAGGAAGGGACAGGCCGUCACACUCAUGAUGGAAGCCACCAACAUGAGCGCCGUGCAGACCAUCAUCUCCCAGUACAGCCAGGAGAUCUUACAGAAGGUCUCCCAGGCGGACCCGACGCGGGACAGAACCCUGCACAUCCUGGCUGUGAUCAAGGAGAAGUCGGCCCUGCCCGAGUCCAGCCUGCCCGCCAGGACCCACCACAUGUCGCCCAUGUACCUGUCUGCCGCCAUGCUGCUCGCCGCUCUCAGCUGGCAGUACCUCAGCACCACCGCGGCACAGGCUCAGGGCACGGGAGACAUGCACGGACAGUGAAACCCCCCCCCAUCCUCUGACUAUAGGAUUCUGCAGUGCUUCUUCCCACUGCGAAUGAGGAAAACAUGUGAUGACGUUGUACGUCACAAAGAAGAGAACACUCGCGACGGAUGAACAGAUAUCAGUUCUGCUUUCACAAGAGGCAACGAACGGCUGGUUCAAAUAUGAAACUGAAAAUAUGGACACUGACCUUUUUAGAUUUUUCUACCUAUAGUCCGUCUCAAAAUCCCCGGGUAAAAUGUCAUAUUCUUUUGAGAUCCAACACUGUGCAGCCCCGAAGUGGAGCGCGGGGGUCUCUAGGUUGAUCGAUGGUGAUUUCUACUAGUCCAUGAUGCAUCUGGGUAAACAAUGUACACGCUGUGAUGUACGGUUAUAUUCACCAGCAUAAAUAGCACUUAUGUUGCAACAAUUCAGUGCGUUUUGCUUUUUCAUGUUGAUGUUGAUCGUGUGAUAUUUUCAAUUUUUUUCUUUUGAAACAUUUUGAAACUUCUAAUUGAGUGAAAUUUAUUUGUCAUAUUUCGAGACAAAAAGUUAGAUUUUCUUUACGUGGUGAAAUGACACAUGACACUGCCCACUUUAGGAGCUUGGGGAACAUAUUAUGGUUUUGUUUGAUUCUGGGUGAUAUCUAAACUACUUAAAUCUAUUCCACUCACAUGGAAGAACAGCGUACUUCAUAGUUGGCGCAGACGCCACGGACAGCAUCCUUCGUAUCAACACUUUAACGUCUGCGUCCUCUCUGUUUCAACUCCACGUCCUUCGGGAAGGAGAAAAGAACAGCGCUGCUCCAAAGUAGUUUCGGCUUGGACUGAUCGAAUGUGGUCAAAUGUCAUUUCUGGUGCAUUUGAUGUCUGAAACGAAUGCAAACUGAGCUAGUUAAAGUGUCCUUAACACAGCGUUGGUGAGUAGAAAGGCUAGCGCACUUUGUACAGAACCAAAGGAGAGCUAUAAACAUUGCUAUGUAAUGUGUCAUUUUGGUUUGUGUAUAUAUUUUGACAAAUAAAGAUAAUUUAAACGGUC